AUGUUCAAAAAAUUCAAUCUAAAAGAAGAUAUUGCAGGCCAGACACAGGUCAAAAGCUCUGUGCAGCGCAACUUUAGAGCCAAGAUUGUUGAGCAGUUUCCCUUGCUAGCUCCUUACAUUGACGAUCUGAUUCCAAAAAAAGACCCAGUCUUUCUAGUCAAAUGUCUGGACAGAGUCAAUAUCAUCUCAGUCAACAACAAGUUUCUUUUCUUCAACUCCUUUGAUGGCCCAUUCUUUCCUAGUUUGUACAUUCUGCACAAGUAUCCCGAUAUUCUACCCAAACUGCAGGUUGAUCGAGGUGCAAUCAAGUUUGUUCUUAAGGCUGCUGACAUUAUGUGUCCUGGUUUGACUUCUCCUGGUGGGAAUCUUCCUAGCGAGAGCCUGCCUGCAGAAACUGUUGUUGCAAUAUAUGCUCAAGGAAAAGAACAUGCAGUUGCAGUUGGAAUGACCAAAAUGGCUACGGAUGACAUGAAAAAAAUCAACAAAGGCAUUGGGGUUUCGAAUGCUCAUUAUUUAAACGAUGGUCUUUGGAAAACGUUGCAUUGA